UUUUGAGGUGGCACAGUCUACCAUCUUCUAAAAAUGAACUGGGCCUUCUUUGAGGGCCUCCUCAGUGGAGUGAACAAAUACUCGACGGCGUUCGGUCGCAUUUGGCUCGCUAUUGUUUUCAUUUUCAGGCUACUGGUCUUCCUGGUGGCCUGUGAGAAGGUUUGGGGUGACGAGCAGAAGGAUUUUGAUUGCAACACCCGCCAACCCGGUUGCCACAACGUCUGCUACGAUUAUUUCUAUCCCAUCUCCUACACCCGGCUCUGGGCUCUCCAGCUGAUCUUUGUCACCUGCCCAUCCUUCCUGGUAACUCUCCAUGUGUCCUACAGAGAAGAGCGGGAGCGCAAACACCGGUUGAAGCACGGUGAAAACUGCAUUCCUCUCUACGAUUACACCGGCAAGAAACGAGGUGGUCUUUGGUGGACCUACUUCUUCAGCCUGAUGUUCAAGAUCAUGGUGGAAGUUGUGUUUGUCUUACUGCUGUUCUAUAUCUAUGAGGCCGCUUUCUUUCCUCCGCUGGUGAAAUGCAGAGAAGAUCCUUGUCCCAACGUGGUGGACUGCUACAUCGCCAGGCCCACGGAGAAGAGAAUAUUCACAGUUUUCAUGGUGGCAACCAGCUUUGUGUGCAUCUCUCUCACUCUUUGUGAGAUGCUCUAUCUGUGUGGGAAGAGAUUCUGGGAGUGCUGCAGAGGAAGACCUCAGCCCGCCAAAGACCACUUCAACCUCAUGGACAGAUACCCUUUGAAUGGGAACGAUAACUCAGCUUGCAAAGACAAAGCCAAGAUGGUCGGUGAAAGUGGAGGUGAAGAAACAGCCAGAGAGAGUUCGGCCCCACCGUACACUACCGCCGUCUCCUGAGAGACGUCAGGAUGAGUUUAAGAGAAAAGAACAAAGUUCAA